AUGACCACCGCAGGUCCAUAUCUUGUCGCAGAUUUUGAAUUCCCGGGUGAUCAUUCAAACCGCAUUCGACCUCCCUCUUCUUGCACAUCAACUAUAACCGAAAAAUACAUACCACCGGCAGUUCCUUCGCCUCCGCGAUUUUCGAACCAUCAUUUAUCUCCCGAACAGCCACUUCGUCGAACGAAGCACGCAUUAAUACGAGAAAUGCCGAGCAAGAUGAUUGAUCAAUGGACCUUUACUGAGGCGGAGCUUAAAGCGACUCCCUCCAUUUUGGAAGGCCUCUCGCCCGAGGAGGAACGCACUCGCAGAGCAAAAGGAGUUUCUUUCAUGUCAUCAAUUGGAAACAUGCUACACAUUCCCAUGACCACUGAAAUUGCAGCGACGGCUCUAUUCCUGGCGACGAAAACUGAAGAAACCAUACGAGGAACGAAACUUUUCAUUUUCGCUUGUAUUAAGGUUGCUCAGAAGAAUCCGAAACUCGAAGUUGAUGCCAGCUCUAAAGAGUACUGGCGUUGGCGUGACAGUAUUCUUAUGUAUGAGGAACUUAUGCUGGAAUUAUUAUGUUUCGACCUUUCUGCGACAUCUCCACUGAAAUACCUGGUGAACUUCUUUGAGGAAUUUACACAUGUUGGUAUUGAGUCUGCAAUUAUCAAAGAACUCCGGAAUUACACAUGGGCAUUAAUCUGCGACACACAUCAUUCAACAUUAGGUCUCACGACAAGUGCCAGGACCAUUGCGAUUACAACUCUUUUGUUUGCAGCGACUGCCAAAAAAGUUGAAAUACCCCGAAUAAAUGGCAGAGAUUGGUGGGAGCACCUUGGGGGCACUGAACCUAAGAUUGUUGAAGCUGGGCUUAUUUUACAUAAAUUCCUAAGCAAUAGUCCUUUUCAGAUCACGGAUCAAGACCAGCCCGGAAAUACGGCUGCCAAAUAUUUACAUGCUUCGAGUGGGAAAGAGGAACUGAACGGUGCUGGUCCUGCUGGAAACCCGGAGCAGGCUCAGAAGGAAAAUGGAAAUGGCUAUGUCCAUGGGAAUGGCACAAAUGGUUCGGAUAAUAACUCCCGGUCAGAUCCUGAUGCCCAUAAAGAUCAACCAACUGAAAAGACGGAAAAUGGACAUUCAGAUAGCAAGCCACCCAACUUUUUAACGACUGAUGGUGCUCAACCUUCGCCUACCUCUGGAACAGAUGAUGCUCCUUUAAAAGCAGCAGCCAAUGAUCUUUCAAGCCACGACCAAAUUAAUUCCUCAAAUGAUUCUUCGUCAAAUAUCGAUCAUGACAUGAAAACGAGCCCGAAACGCAAGGCAGAUGAACAAAUAGACGAGGCACCGCUAGCAAAGCGAGCAAGAACACAAGACACUAGCUCUGAAACUCUUGCGGAUGUCUCCGAGCCUCCAAAUGAGGACAAAACAGUGCCGGACGAGAGCCAAGAUACUACACAAAAUGAUAAGGAUGAUGCUCAAAAAGAUGUUGAGCUUGAUUCCGAACUUGAACCUAAAACUGCUCCUGCCGAAACUGAUGGUGGCAUUGACGCGGAGGAGCAGCAUGAAGAAGGAGAGUUGGAGCAAUAA